UUUCUUCUUAUCCCAUUCUAACCAAACUCAUCACCAUGAAUAACAAUCAUAGCCGGAGUUUCUUGUUCUUCUUAGCUUCAUUUUAUUUUCCAAGUAUUUUAUCACUUUGUUACAAUGGUCAGCUGACAAUGGCAGCUUUGCCUGCAACUCUAAAUACAAAUUCAAGAUGGAUUGUCGAUGAAAACGAACGAAGAGUAAAGUUAGCGUGCACAAAUUGGGUGUCUCAUCUUCAACCUGUGGUAGCUGAAGGUCUGAGUAAGCAACCUUUGGAUUCGAUUUCGAAAAAGAUUAGAAGCAUGGGAUUUAACUGCGUUCGGUUAACUUGGCCUUUGUUCUUAGCUACAAAUGAUACUUUGGCGUCGAUCACAGUUCGUAAAUCAUUUCAAAGUUUGGGACUUCUUGAAUCCAUAUCUGGAAUACAGGCUAAUAACCCAUCUCUCCUUGACCUUCCUCUUAUUGAAGCUCUUAAGGCUGUUGUAUCCAACUUGGGGGAGAAUGAUGUGAUGGUGAUACUAGACAACCAUCUCAGCAAGCCAGGUUGGUGCUGCAGUAACUUUGACGACAAUGGAUUUUUCGGAGAUAAAUACUUUCAUCCGCAAUUAUGGAUCAAGGGGCUAACUAAGAUGGCCUCCAUUUUCAAUGGCUCAACCAGUGUUGUUGGCAUGAGCCUGAGAAACGAGCUUCGAGGGCCAAAGCAAAAUGUCAACAACUGGUACAAGUAUAUGCAACAAGGAGCUGAAGCAGUUCAUGCAGCAAACCCAAACAUUCUUGUAAUACUAUCCGGGUUAAAUUUCGAUGCAGAUUUAAGUUUCCUUGCUAAACAACCGGUGAACUUAACGUUCACGGGAAAAUUAGUUUGCGAGGUACAUUUAUAUGCAUUCACGAACUCUCAUGACUGGGAAAAUGGUAAUGUAAAUCAAGUAUGUGGAAAUGUAAUGAAUAACUGGAUGAGAAGAGCAGGAUUUUUGCUUGAACAGGGUGUAGCGCCGCUGUUUUUAAGCGAAUUUGGUAUGGAUCAAAGAGGUACUGAUGUGAAUGAUAAUCGGUAUUUCAAUUGUAUGAUGGGUGUUGCUGCUGAGCUUGAUCUGGAUUGGGCUCUGUGAUCAUUAGUUGGGAGUUAUUACUUGAGAGAAGGUGUACUUGGAAUGGAAGAAUUCUACGGAGUUUUAGAUUUUAACUGGUGCGGGACUAGGAAUUCUAGUUUCCUUGAAAUAAUUUCUUCAAUUCAAGCUCCUUUUCAAGGUCCAGGUAUUUCUGACAGAACUCAAUACAAAAUCAUUUAUCAUCCAUCUACGGGACUUUGCGUCCACAGAAAAUCGUUGUUUGCGCCAUUAGAGUUGGGAUCUUGUUCGAGUUCUGAAGGAUGGGAUUACACGCCACAAAAACAUAUAUCACUGAAGGGAACUUAUUUCUGCUUACAAGCUGAUGGAGUAGGGAAGCCGGCUAAGCUUGGAACUAUAUGUACAGAUACUAAUUCGCAGUGGGAAACGAUAUCUGAAUCCAAAAUGCAUCUUCAAUCUAAGCUCACCGAUAAAAACAAUACCGCUGUGUGUUUGGAUGUUGAUUCUACUAACAAUACCAUUGUGACUAAUUCUUGCAAAUGUUUGAGUAGAGAUAAAACGUGUGAUCCUUCAAGCCAGUGGUUCAAACUUGUUAAUAGUACGAGAAGUACAUCAAGUUCAGCGGUCAACGAGCAAAAGCACGAGGUUGAAAGAAGUACUCAGUAGGAAAAAACUAUAUAACAGUUGACCAUAACUUAUAACUCAUAUUUCUUAAAUCUUGUAGGCAAUUUACAUAAAUUUGCGAAACGUAUUAUAAUGAAUUAUAUUCUUUAUUUGUUAUUAAUAAUAAAAAUAGAAAAAACAUAUUAAGCUUCAGUUAUUUUGC